UGUAACUAGCAAAUCAGCUUUCAGUCUUAUCUACUAUCCAAUACAAAUACAAUUCUUAUCUUUAAUACGUUGCGGGUAUUUUGUUGCUACAGACUUAAUGACACCUUUACUUUUUAUGCACGCAUUCGCUCACCCGCAUUCGUAACGAUCCAGUUUCUGUCGCAAUUGUUCUGCUAAAAAAUGUACGAAAACAGCUGUAACCUGCAGGAGAAGUUCAACGCAUACCUGAGCCCACCACCAGUAGGUCUGGAACAGGAGUACCGCGUGAUAUUCUCGCCAAAGGCCGUCGAAUUUCUUGUCGAUCUGUAUCUGCGCUUCCAAAGUAGAGUCGAUGAACUGUACGCGGCAAGACUCGAGCGAAAGUACGCGGGUCGCAGGAUACCCAAAUUCUCCAAGAACAAUAUCACCGACAGCGACUGGAAAGUCGCACCAGUCAGUGAGCGACUACGUAACCGCCACCUGGACCUCGGGGAUGUCAGUCCGAGUGACUACAUGCGUUUCACUGGAGCCCUAAAAGCGCGCGUUCAGGGCAUCCAGGUCGACUUCGACGAUGGCCACUGUCCCACCUGGCAGAACCAGAUAAUUGGACUACAUAACGUGUACCGCGCGGUGCGCAACGAGAUCCCGAAUGUGCCUCGCUUGGCCGAUGCCCCGGUGCUGCUGUUCCGGCCGCGCGCUUGGAAUAUGCUGGAGCAUAACGUCAGCGUAUCGGGACGUUCGGUACCGGGUCCGCUUGUCGAUUUUGCUCUGCUAACGUUCCAUAAUGCCAAGUUACUGAUGGCGAGCUACUCUUCUGGACCAUUUUUUUAUUUGUCAAAGCUCGAGAGCGCUCGGGAAGCCAGAUUGUGGAACGACAUUUUUACCUGGAGCCAGCUAAAGCUGCGUCUACCUAUUAAGGCUUGCGUGCUGGUCGAGAACGUGCUUGCAGCCUUCGAGCUGGAUGACAUUCUGUAUGAGCUCAGGGACCACUCGUUGGGACUCAACUGUGGCAUGUGGGACUAUGCGGCUUCAAUAAUCGCCAAGUUUGGCGAGGACUCGGCCUUUGUGUUGCCGGACAGAAAUAAAUACGUGAGCAUGGACAGGCACUUUAUGAAAAAGUAUAUGGUUCUAGUCGUGAGCACGUGCCGCAGACGAAGUGCUCCCGUUACCGGUGGUAUGUCGGCCAAGCUCUUACCUCCUCGGAAGUCGAAAGAUUUUGAUGAUGUUCUUCAGAGCGUUAUUCGUAGUAAACUGAUGGAGAUACAGGCUGGAGUGGAUGGUUUCAUAAUUUACGAUCUAAAUCUAGUCGAGCACAUGAAUGAUGUGUGGAGCGAGUACGGGGGAGCCGCACCGCGGAGAAGUAUAGAUUUAGAAAAAUUCGAGGAGGUAACGGAAGCCGAUCUGUUGAAAUUGCCCGUGGGAGGAGUAACCGAAGAGGGACUCAAGCAUAACAUUGCGGUCGGGAUACUGUUUAUCUUCCACUGGUUGUGCGGUAAGGGUGUCUUUGCUUUCAAAGGAGCCAUCGAGGACGCGGCGACUGCUGAGAUCUCGAGAGCCCAAGUCUGGCAGUGGAUCCGAUACUCGGUCGCGAUCGAGGAUCGGAGCACUGAGACUUCUCCAAAGGCUGUGGUCACGAGGAAGCUCGUCUUUGAAGAAGCUACAGGCAUUUUUGAGAGUUUCAUGAAGCUUUACGGAAUCAAUAACUCAGCCAAAGUCAAGCUAGGCGUUGCCUUUAAUUUGUUUUUGCAAAUUGUCAAUCAGCGGGAUUUUCCGGACUUCAUCACGACGUACCUAAACGAUGCUUAUGUUUUUCGUCAAGUGUCGGCUAAUCUUUGA